CCACUCCCAUCUUAACACGCUAAAUAAGCAGCGACCUUCGAGAAUGACUGCAGCGAUCAAAUUUUUCAAUUUUUCCUCAGGAUAGUAAGGUAAGAAUAUGCCUGAACAUGGACUUUGAUUCCUUCUUUUCGAUUUCGAUAGUCCACAGCACAAUCUGCAGCCUGCAUUAUUCUGCGUAUUCACUGCUGUUCUGGAAAGAACAGAUGUUGUCAUGAUCAUGGCCUCAGUGUUUAUUUUCUUGGCCUUUCAAGUAAAACUUCAAUAGCACGGCUUCAGUAUUUUAUUUAAAGCCGUCACCUCUUACUCCAAAACGCACGAAGUAAAAAGGAGAUAAACCCAUACUUUUAUUUCAAACAAAGAGAAUUUCAGAAUGCUUUACAUGGAUCUAACACAUGACUGUUCCCCGACUUCGCUCUUUAUUUUUAAGUGUAAACCAGCAUAUAAUGAAGACAUUUUGUCCAAAGAAUCAUUUAUUAGGUGUUUCGAUUCAAGAGUGUGGUAGCUAUUAUGCAAAGGUAAUACCGUCUCUUUUCAGUCUUUGGUGCAGUUCUCAUGUUGCAAAAAUGCAUUCUUCUGCUGUUGAGGAAUGUUCAAUCAUAGUAGUUCAUAGUGGCUCAUGUAAACUGUUGGGGAAUGUUUGUUUAACCUUUAUGAGGGGUGAUCUCCGCCAAUAUUCUGUUUCAAAUUCCAUUAUGACGAACCUGCAAUUUCCGGUUCCAUCAUCAGAACCGAAAUUAGACCAACAGAACAGAAAUUGAGAAGUCGGAACCGAAAUUGAGCUAACAGAACAGAAAUUACGAAGUUAGAACCGAAAUUGAACCAACAGAACAGAAAUUAACGAGUCAGAACCGAAAUUGAACUAACAGAACCGAAAUUAACGAGUCAGAACCGAAAUUGAACUAACAGAACAGAAAUUACGAAGUUAGAACCGAAAUUGAACCAACAGAACCGAAAUUAACGAGUCAGAACCGAAAUUAACGAGUCAGAACCUUAACAAGUCAGAACCGAAAUUAACAAGACAGAACCGAAAUUAACAAGACAGAACCGAAAUUGAACCAACAGAACAGAAAUUGACACAACCGUCAAUUUCGGUUCUAAAUGGGACUGGGGCUGUGAAGACAGCGCUGACCGAGUGAAGCCCGGGGAAAACCACUUUACUGCCGUAUGUAUAAUUCCAACAUGGCCGCCAAUGAGAGUGUGUUUCUUAGAAGUAUCAGAGAUGUUGUUGGAGAAGUGUUGAAACGGUCGUCGAAAGAGCAUUUUAUCGCCUUGACCGGCUGCUAGAUAUUGUCAAUAGGUACGCAGAUUCGCUGAACGACUGUUGACCUAGAUCAAGUCCACUUUCUCCUCCAGUGAGUGACAGGCCUGCACGUACUCCUCGUGUGGUUUUGGCGGUCGCCUCGCAUGAUUUACAGUUAGAUUUUUGAUCUAACAAGCGUAUCCUUUAGGGAUUUACCUCUUUUGUACGAUAUUAUCGGAGGUUUCAAAUAAAUGUUUUUCAGCAAAGGCUGAUUUUGUAUUAGACUCCAUUGUUCCAUCAGUGUCUGUUUGAGGGUUGUUAACUGCAGGGUGGUACGUAGUAACAAAAGGCAAAUAUCUAGCCUUUUUCUUUUGUGUUAGAGCCGAUGGUCUAGCGCAAAGUGAAAGAGACCGUAACUGUUUUAGGAUAGCCGCGUGUCCUAAGGCGUUGUUUGAAUUUCACUAGGCUGUCCUCAAAUGUUGUUUUGAAGAGUUAGUUCUGAGUCUUAUCGGCUUCGCCUUUAAUGAAACCAUUUUUAAUGGAUGGCAUGAGUUAAAAUGUGUACAUGUAUAUUGAAAAGUAGGUUUGUAGUGAGUUUUGAUGUCCAGAAUGGAUUCAUUUUUGAAUCUUUCUCCUUUGAACACCACUGUGUCAAGGAGGGUAAUCUCGUUCUCUUAUAUUUCGGCCGUGAAUUUGAUGGUAGCGACUUGUUCAAUAAAUUGAUCCACGUCUUUUUAUCACUGUCCCAGAGGGUGAAGAUAUCGUCAAUAUAUCGUCUCCAUUCUUUUGGCUUGGUUUCGCUUUGUUGUAUCAGCGUUGUUUCAAUUUUAGCCAUGAAAAUAUUGGCAAAUGAUACUGCCAUUUUAGUUCCCAUGGCGGUUCCAUGUGUUUGGUGAUAGUUCUCUCCAUUGUACUGGAACGAUUUUUCGUUUAGGAUGAGACCAAGCAUUUGUCUUAGGAGGCGUGUUGGGAUUGGUGGUUUAUAGUUAUGAAACGAAUCGUAUGUCUUGCAUACUAUUUCCGUUCCCUCUUCUUGAGGUAUAUUUGUGUACAAGCUAGAGACGUCCAUUGAUACUAAAAUUGUAUCUUUACCUAUCUUUGUUUUCUCUAUAAAACUGAUGAAAUCAGUUGUAUCCUUAAUAAAGGAUUGUUGUUUUUGCGCGAUAGGCUGGAGCAAUGUAUCAGGGGCACCCAACGAGGAUGUAGCUCAAAACCACUUAACAUAGCAUUGUUGAACGUAUUUUAGUAUUUAAACGGUAGAUAUAGGCAUAUUUUUAUCCCCUAAAAACUUUUCAUCUGUUCGGAUUUCCUAGCUGAAAGUCUAGUGAUCCGAAAAUUAUAGGGAUCAAAACUUACCUUUUCGAAAAUUUCAGCCAGGAAAAGGCUCCCGAAAAUUCUAGGUGGCCUUUUUUAGGGUAAAUAUCCGAUUAAAAUGGGUAAUUAUACCAUUUUGUAGAUGUUCGAAAAUCCUCGGAGAGGCAGGCAAGCAAGAAAUUUUACAACAAAAGUUACGAAAAUUCUAGUUCUCAAAUCGUCUUCCGAACAGAUAUUUUCCCGAAAAUUGCCGUUGGGUGACCCUGAUGUAUCCACAAAUGAGGAUAUUCGUUCAGUAGGGCCGUCACAACCCGAGAUGAUGGGUCUACCAACCGGUUUAGGUUUGUGUAUUUUUGUAAGUGUGUAGAAUAUUGGUAUUCUAGGCGGACUGGGAGUUUGGUGUUGUUGUGACUAUGGUUUGUAAAGUCAGAGAACAGGCUGUUAUAGCAUUCUUCCUUUUUAUUAUUAAGGACAUGUCUACAAACAAUUUCUUUUAAGUCUGAAAUUUGUUUUUGCAGAUCGGCUAUGUUUACAUCGUUGUGUAAAAUGUUAUUCGCCGAAUGCGCUUCUUUGAGAGGAUUUCUGGUUACAUGUUUUUGUUUUCGAGCCGCGAAAGCUGCAUUGGCCUUAAGCUUCUUCUCCUGUAUUUGGAGUUUUCGCUUAUGGAAGCGAGUAAGUGCACUUAUUAAGCUCUGUUCGAUUUGAAGGGACGCAAGUCGCGGCUGUUGAAGCUAGGCAGAAGAACUCAUGAGUCCAUGUCUCCUUUACACGGAAAAAGCUCUUCCUCUUCUUCGCUGGUGGAGGCCUAGACUGGUUUCUCGCACCAGCAUAAGAAUAGAUGUAGACGGUCCGGCUGGAUACGGCGAAAAUAAAGAACGGAAAUUUUGCAUGAUUCUCUCCGAACGUGGCUCAGUCGAUUCGGGUGGGGAAACCUGUGACUGAGCCGGUCUGGUUCGGUUCUGUCUGGAGACCGCACCAGCAUCAUCAAGGCGAACUCCAUUCGGUUUUGGCCCUGCCCUUCACCUCUUUGCUAAUCCUUCCUCACCCGCCAUUUGAAUAUAUUUUUUCCAGGCUGAAUUAAUAAUCAUAAAUUAAAAUAUUUUAAAGUGGUUUUCGGCUUUCUGACUCGUUCUUCACGGCCCUGUUAGAACCGAAAUUGACGGUUGUGUCAAUUUCUCGAUUAAUUUCGGUUUGUCUUGUUAAUUUCGGUUCUGACUUUGGUUCUGUUAGUUCAAUUUCGGUUCGUUAAUUUCGGUUCUGUUAGUUCAAUUUCGGUUCUGACUCGUUAAUUUCUGUUCUGUUGGUUCAAUUUCGGUUCUAACUUCGUAAUUUCUGUUCUGUUAGCUCAAUUUCGGUUCCGACUUCUCAAUUUCUGUUCUGUUGGUCUAAUUUCGGUUCUGAUGAUGGAACCGGAAAUUGCAGGUUCGUCAUAAUGGAAUUUGAAACAGAAUAUUGGCGGAGAUCACCCCUCAUAAACCUUCUCAGGUCGAAUUUCAAAGCUUUAGAUCACGCGAGAACGCUGCUCAGUUUUAAAAGAAGUCUGUGCUCUGUCCUUUUUUUUAAUAGCAAGUUUUUUACAUAGAAAACACACAUGAGUUACAUUUGCUAGGAAUUGUCGAACAGAAUAAAAACGCCAAAUUAGCAAGGUUCUUGUUUAGACUACCAUUCUUAGUCUUCUUACUGUAACUGAUGUUGGUUAAAGUCGUUAAGGACGUCUUCAUAUUUCCCAAACCUCCAGAGACGGAACUAUUCUUGUUAGAGAUGAGCUACGGCGGCUAAAAAUUUCUUUUUGAUGCAAGUGGAAUUUUUUUCUCAAGUCAGUUUCCAGGCUUUCGACUGAAAUCUGUUAACGUAGAACUUUCUCAUAAUCGCGUACUAUAGUGCGUAAGCCACUCUGAGUUUCUAAUUCGUCCUUUAUUUUUCUAUUUUUGUUUUCAUUGUUGCUCUAAUACUCUGAUCUUUUACAUUAGGAGCCUCAAAAUAGUGUGUGUUGUAUUGUAGCGAUUUGAAUGGAAAUCAAUAAAUCCAUUAUUCUUGAAAAAUAAAUGACUCAACGUCCACUUCUCGAAAGUUAUAAAAUUAAAACUAAUUUAUUUUGCGUUUUCUUCAUGUUUCCAGAAUCAUGGAUGUUCCAGCUUGGGCCUUCUCCAAUCUGUGCAUUGGUCGAACUUACGAUUCAAAAAACAACAGAGCAGGCAUCGAUAUUUUCCAGCCCGAAAUAAAAACCAAAACUGAACAUGUCAAUCGGUUUUCUUUCCAAUACAAAUCCAUUGAAUCAAAAGAAGAUGUAAGAGAUUUGCUGAACAUUUCGGGGAAUAUUUCUUUGAAAAUUAAAGCGAAUAUUUUCAAAGUGGAAGGAGCAGGAAAGUACAUCAACAACAACAAAAAGGAUGAAGGUGUUUCUGAAAUCCUGGCUGUCAUGAAAUGUACCACGGUAAGUUAAGAUACUUGAAGGACCAAGGAUAGCUGUCUUGUGCUAUUUUGCCAAAUAACGAAACUGGGAACUGGCUACCAAUUUGACAGAAAGCAAAUGAAAAACUAAACACGGACAGAAAAAACUGAAGGAGACAAAAAUAGAGGCAGGUACAAACGUCGGACCAGAUCAACUCGCACCGCCAGUCCGUGUCGGAUCAACUCGGAUCGACUCGGACUAACUCGGAUCAAAUAAAAAAAUAAAAAUAAAAUAAAAUUGGACUCGGAUCAACUAGGAUCAAUAUAUAUAUAUAUAUAUCUUAAAAUAAAUUAAAUUAGCAAAACUGAAAGUUUAACCCAUUUGGAGGGUAAAAAAGGCCAGAUCAUUUCUUUUCCGUGGCUUUCAGCCGCCAUUUUUUUAUUAGUACCAGUUCCUCUCGCAUCAUGUUACGAACUCUUGGUUACGUUACACGACACGUUCUGGUUCAAGGAGACAGAUUUGGAUGACCUCGAGGAAGGUAAAAUCUCGACCAUCUUUCUCAGUGAAAUGGGGAGCGACAUAAAGUCCCUUUACUUAUUACGUUGAGUGACGGUUGCUAUGCUCAAUUUCCUGUUAUAAUUUUAGCUCCGAUCUCGUGCAUGUUAGCAGGGGUCAGACUGGCUGUCAUCGAUAGUUAUUUGGACAGAGGCGAUGAAACAAUUCUAGAUUUCGCAACUGUCUGUUUUAAAAUAAUAAAUAAUUUCUGUGUUGACUAUUUGAAAGAAAAUUUUAACAGAUCGGACAGGUUAGAGAGUAGGCUCGAUUACCAGCCGCUGUUCGGGAAAAUGAGCCCGCACUCAUCGCCCUCUUCGGGGAGGAUCAAAGACCGGACCCGGGAGACGGCGGAAAUCGAGCCUAGUUAGAGAGGUGAGAGUUCAAACUUCUCUAGAAUGAUUCAAAAUUAAUGAGCUUCAUACGCCCAAUCAAUAUAUAACGUGACGUGUAACGCAACCACGAGUUAGAAUGGCGGGUGAAAGGUAAGUGACGCCGACUGAUUAUAAACUCAUUUUUAUGAUGCGAGUUGGUCCGAGUCCAAUUUUAUUUUAUUUUUAUUUUCACUUUAAAAUUUAUUUUUAUUUUAAAUAUUUUAUUUUUAUUUUUAGUCCCUGGCGGUCCGAGUUGAUCCGGUCCGACUUUUGCACCUGCCUUAAAAAUAGUAUUCUAAUCGGGUUUUAAAAACUUACUAUAAAGCUUGUUGUUUGAAGUGAUCUUGAGUUCUAAAUGCUCGGAAGACGUAUUAUUACCAAUUAUGUCAUCGUGGAGUGGAGAGAGUGAGCAAGUAAGUCCAUCAUUGCGAAAGAUUCGGAAUUGUUUAAACGCCGAAGGUUACUGAAGAUCUUUUAUCAUAAAGUGCGUUAUCUUUUGAUAACAAGCCUCCUUAUGUUUCAUCAAUUUUUGAUUUUGGAAAGAGGUUUGCCAAGUUUCAGUGGACGAUUUUUUCCUCCGAGCCGCCUGUGUCAAUGACUGAUUAAACAUCUUUCCGCAAAUAAUUUCAGGCUACGCUCACGUUUGCCAAAAGUAAACAAAAUGGAUCCCAUGAUUAAUGCGUUGAGGGUAAAAUAGGGAAUUGGGGAGAUACGCUGAUUUGUUUGUUUGUUUGUUUAUAGGUAAAUAAAACAAUGGAUGGAUCAACAAGUGUCAAAGAGGAAAUGAAGGGCUGCCCAAGUUUGGGAACCCAUUACGUACGGAGCGUGACGUAUGGCGCUGAAAUGGUAGCAAGUCUGAAAUUCAAGUCUUCGUCUUCCUCUAAGAGGUGAGAAACGAAUCCAAGGAACUGUUUAGUUUGGGGCCAGUGUACUUUGCCAAAUAGCCUGCAUAACAGGUGCUUUAUGAGCCAAGCGGGGCGAACGCGGCAUUUUGCGCGAAGCGCGAAACGAGUGCGAAGAGCAAGACGAGGGAGGAGAAAAAUAUAGUGCCUGUUACCAGUCCAUCGUUCUGGCUCUUCCCACGUUCACUAAAUGAACGUUGCGUUCCAUAAAAUUGAUGACGCGUUGUUCUGGAAUGUUUGUUUGACAUUUUUGUCAGCAACAAAGUAACCGUCACGCAUUCAUGUUCUUUUGACGAUGCUGUUCGAGAAGCCCUUCGUUUAUUUCCAAAUGUUCAGGAAUAAACGAAAAACAAAAGAAAUGUUUAAAUUUAUUCACUAAAUAAAGUUCCAAAAAUGUUCUGGAAUGUUUGUUUGACAUUUUUGUUGGAUGUUCUUUUGACGAUGCUGUUCCAAAUGUUCAGGAAUAAACGAAAAACAAAAGAAAUGUUUAAAUUUAUUGCUUAAGAGGAAAAAUGUUCUUGGAUUGCUCCCAACUAGGUUAAGAAAAAGCCUGAUUUACUAACUUUUUUAAAUCAAGUGUUGACAGGCCAAACACGGCUCAAAAGCUCGUGUUGGAAUUCGUUUGAACAACACGUUUUCCUUUUUUUCUUUCUCGCCGCUGUGUUUGAACGGGUGUUUCUAAGGCGAAGACCCAAAAACUAAGACCCCAUGGACUAAAACGAAGACCUCAUGGACUAAAACGAAGACCCCAUGGACUAAAACGAAGACCCCCUGGACUAAAACGAAGACCCCAUGGACUAAAACGAAGACCCCUUGGACAACUAGGUUAAGAAAAAGCCUGAUUUACUAACUUUUUUAAAUCAAGUGUUGACAGGCCAAACACGGCUCAUAAGCUCGUGUUGGAAUUCGUUUGAACAACACGUUUUCCUUUUUUUCUUUCUCGCCGCUGUGUUUGAACGGGUGUUUCUAAGGCGAAGACCCAACCUAAGACCCCAUGGACUAAAACGAAGACCACAUGGACUAAAACGAAGACCCCAUGGACUAAAACGACUGAUGCUAAACGUUUAUAAAUCUAAAGUGAAAAUUCCCAACGAUGUCAAGGCAACAAUGCUGAAAUUUUAAGCAAUCUUCGACAAUCACGGGCAAUACCACGAGGUAAAGAUUGAGACCUUGCAAAUAUGCGACAUCAAGGAAACAUCAAUGAAGAUGUCAGUAUGAAAAAUAAGUACACAUUUUCCAAAGUAGUGAACUUAGAAAAAUAGAUAGUCUUUUUCAAUUUGUAGACUAGCAGUUCCAUUGGCCGAUGAACUGCUGCAAGUAGAGUGAGUGACAGUCAAGUACAAAGCUACCCUUUUAUCCAUGACACGUAGGUCGCACGAGUAGUUGCAGUAGUUGCUUCUAGUAGCUGAAGGUUAAAAAUCAUUGAUAUCGCAAGUAUUUAUAAAGUGCAACGCGACUUCACAUCUUAACAACUGGGAAAAUCUAUCAGUUAAAUACAUACAGCAAAGUAAAUCUGCAAUAUCGAAUCUAUUUAAACGUAGAUGAAAAUGAAGAAAUGAUCGUCGCAGUGAACGCAAUUUAUGCAAUUGCGUAAAGAAGCCUGAAAAAAAUUCAGGACUUCAACGGGAUUUGAACCCGUGACCUCGGGUCUUUACGGCUUCUUUACGCAAUUGCAUAAAUUGCGUUCACUGCGACGAUCAUUUCUUCAUUUUCAUUUCAUUUCCGCUGUUCAUAUAUGAUUUAUUUCAUAUAUCAUUAACCGUAGAGAUAAAUAGAUGACAAACGUAAUGCCUCAAUACACCACGAAACAGGAUUUCCUCCGCUACAAUAUUUUCACUUCCUACUACGCGUGUAUGAAUACAUGAAAAUCAAGGGCCUUGAUUCGGGGAAAAUUACAUCAUUGCCAAAAAGCCCGAACGGGAUCAACUACGUGCAUCACCUCAAUCAUCGCCGAAAAUAAACCACAUGCUUAUCACGAGUCUCAUUUGCAUACAAUGAAAGUCGUCACGAUUCUUAUUCCCAGUUUCCACGGCCUCCGCUAGGAACGCCUGGCGCCCCAACCGCCCUUUUGUGUCUUAAAUACAAAGAAGAAAAACGACUUGCAGAUUAUGACUCUCGGUGCUAGGCAACCUCGAGUGACUUGCAUCAUCGAUGCAUCUUCAGUAUCAUCUUCAUCACUGUAUAUGAAUUUUUCGUUUACAUAGUAGCAAAUCUGAGUGAUCUCCGAAAAUAUUUUUCUUGUUCUUUCGUUUAUUAUUUAUAGAUUGAACCUCAAAGGUAAAUCGGAUGGAGGUCUUGAUAUUCAAGGAGUGGCGACAGCCGGAUUAGAGGCGCAGUUGAAUAAGCUAACUUCUGAUUGCGAGAAAGCAAGCGAUUUAUCCAUUGAGUACUAUGCAACAGAUCUACCAGAUAAAAAUCCAACGAACGUGAAAGAUCUGGUAAAACUUAUUCAAGAGUUCCCUUCCAGAUUGAAAAAAAUCAAUGACGGACUUGGGGUUCCUAUAAAGGUAUGUUUUCAUUGAUUUUUUAAAAGAGCAGUCAGUCUAGUAUUAAAGUUAUUGAGAUAAAACUGUAAUACAACAAUAAGGCUGAAAAACGUGCUGUAGCUAUAUGGUCUAUCUAUCUCUUUCGGGCGCACCUGUACCGAUUUGAUAAGUCUGUCCCAGUCCAGUCUGUUGGCCAUGAUAGAUGCAAGAUCCUGCCUCGUAAGACAGGGGUCACUCUCUAAUUGGUCAACGAAUGUUGUUGCUGUACGCCCUUUUUUGGGCGUCUGGCGUGUUUUGGCUCCCAAAGAAGUAGCUGGGAAACAUUCCGAUUCUUGCUUUUCCACUACACUGCUGCCCACGUAUCUCUAGACUUUUGUUGAAAUUGAAGGCAAGUCCCCGUAGAGCUCCUUGUUAGAUAUAUGAUCUCUCCAGCUUACGUUUAGAGCAGCACGUAGGAGCCUUGUGUAGCAGCCAUAAAGUUGUUUUUCCAUGGUCAAUGUCCAACUCUCCGACUCACACAAUGAAACAGAUUCAACUGAAGCUCUAAAGAAACGUAUCCUAAGAUGACCUAAGAUCUCUGAUGAGGUUCGAUUUCCACACUACCGUUAGUUUGUUGCUACAUAGCGGCGCAUGCUCUUUCUCCCGGGGUAGUCAAUCGAUAAAAAUCGGUAUCGAUAAAAAUCGAUAGCAAUCGAGUGAUUUUUAUCGAUUGAUAACGGAAAUCGGUGAAAAUCGAUAAACUAAACUGCUGUGUCAAAUCGAUAUUAUCGAUUUUUCAUGAUUUUAACGAUUUAUAACGGUACUUACGACAUUGUUGUUUUGUUUUUUGGCAUCAGUUAAAUAGUACAGCUGAGAAAACACAUCCACGAGUAACAACUGAUCAACAAACAUGAAAAGAAGAAAUGUGGAAACUAUUACAGACGCAAGAUUCUCUCUAAAAACCGUGACCCUUUUGUACAUAAUAACAGACACGGUUCGGUUUAAUUACAUUCACAGUUCUCGCAGGCAAGUACCACGAAAAAUACAACUUUAGAUAACUGAGAUUUCCCAGCCUGAAUUUCAGACAUCCUCUAGAGUCGAAGGGAUGCCCGAAAUUCAGACUAAAAGAUUUCUCUCGAUAGCUUUUUACCGUUUUCCGUUUACAAUCGAUAAAAUCACUUGAUCCCUAUGAUUUUUAUCGAGUUCGAUUUUUAUCUAUUGGCUUCUCCGGGAAGUAACUACACGUUGAACUGAGGUUAUUUUGAAAGGGCGGCAGAUCUAAUCGUGAAAAACUGGGAAAACUAAAAAAUCUGGCCAAUGUCGGCCAUCCGAAGAAGACUUUAAAGCGGAUUUUAAAGAAAAGAUAAGGUUUUUCUAAACUUUUGUUUAAAAAAGUGACCAGUAGUGAUAGUAAAUUGUUUGAUCCUUCGACUCUCAAUUGCAACUCAAUUGUCAACAUAUUCACUGUUUGCAUGAAAUCAGUUUUCAAUUUUGGAUGAACAGAAGAACAGAUCGGUGUAUCUUCCGAUAAAAAUCGAUGGAAUCAGUAAAAUCUAGAUAAAUCGAUAGACGAAGCGAGUGUGUCAUCGAUUUCUACCGAUUGAUCGAUACAAUCGAUAUCAAUCAAAUCAGAUUUACCGAUUUUUAUCGAUUUAUAAAUCGAUACCGAUUUUUAUCUAUUGAUUACUCCUGGUUUUGCUUCACGGAUCUCGAGGUGUUUCUUCGUUUGAUCGAUCCAAGAGUAAAGAAGUUCACGAUCAGAUCUACCUUUCCUAAGAAAAAUUUCAUUAUUUUCAAUAUUGAGUUCAUUUUAUAAUUAGUAACACAAUUUUCGAUUAAUGAGGCAUUGAUCCUCUAAGCGAAAAAACUUGACAGGUCGAUCAAAAUGAAAAAAUAAGCGUCGGGAAAAGAAAUCAGUUGGAAAGAGUUUCAAACCAGGGAGGUCUGUCCGUACCGUGGUCUUAAUAGCCGCACUCCUUAUUUAAAAAGCAGCUGAGAUUCGUCGAGUACAGGAGCCCAUCAAAUGGAGCCUCCAUCUCCCAUCCAAGCCCUUGGAGUCAACCCUUUCCCGAGUAGAUUUAUAAUUAGAACGGUUCCCUUAGCGUAAGGUGAUUAUGGAGAAUUAGCCGGGGGUCAAUCAGAAACGGAGAAAUACGUUAAAUGAAUACUGAUUGUUUACGGCGCUAUUUAAAGACCCGUUGUCCUGUGACGUCAUCAAAAACCCAAGUAGUGGUCAAGCUGGUUGUCAAAUAAGAUCAGCCAAAAUUCAGGUUUAUUUAAUAAGAGAUUUUACAGAAAAUCUUUUUGUGUUAGUUAUAUUUCAAACACUUAUUUUAAGUAAUAAUGGUUCAUUUGGCUGCUUUUAAUUAAUUAAUAUGCUCAUUUUUUCAAUUUAGAUUGAACUUCAGCCAAUAGAAAGUGUUUAUCCAGAAAUGAAUAAUGUGUCAACCGUCCAAGUGAUGGAAUGCGACAUAGAUGAUAUAGAGAGCCGCUUUGACGAUCUCUAUGAGGCACAGAGACUUGUGUCAGAAUACAAGUUAAAAGAGGGAGUGCUAGACAGCGAAAUGAAAAAGUUCAAUUCUGUUGUUACCAAGACCCUGCGUACGUUUCGUUCUGCUAUAUCCAGCCUGGAUAAAGAAAAAGUUGCAGAAUGUCUAGAGGCGUACGAACAAGCCUUAGAUGGAGAAGAAUACGAUGAAAAAUUUGCAACUUACUGGAGAGAGAUGAUUGCAAAAAAGGUGAGCCAUAAGCUUUCUUUAAACCAAAAAGAUUUACUUUUUCGGUGCUGGCAAAAUCUUUUUUCGCUGAGACUGAUAAAAUCUACUUAUAAAAGGAACGGUUGCUUAAACAAGGAAUCAGUUGGGAGUGUAAGAGCAAUUAGCGAACAUUUGGCUUGCUAUUUGAUGAUAUGUGAAGAAUCUUCCUAGGGCUGCUUUUGAGGAAGUGAUUCUAUAUGCCUGCCUCUGUCUGUUUGCAUUGUCCAUUGUCCACCGGUUUGUAUAGACUUUGAGGUUUUUGCCUGGUGUGAUUCCUUUACUUUCCCAUAAACUUUGGCGAAGUCCACCACAAGCUGAGUUGCAUUUUUGCAAUCCUACAAUUCAUUUCAUUAUAUAUAUCCGGUAUAUAUAAACACACAUAGACAGGGUACAGCCAGGUGAACUUGUUAACUGCUUGGAGUUUGUGCUAUUAAUAUAGAAGACUGCAAGUCUCAGUAAGUCUGUUCCUUUUCUGGAGCUGGUGAGCAGAUGCCUUCUGUUUUCUGAGUACCGGAACAAUGGCUAUCUGGGGAGGUUGUGCGGGGAGAAUAGGUCAGGGUAGCGAAUUACAUUUACGCAAGAUAGGUCUAGCAACAAGUUUCCAUGUGGUCGGCCAAAACAAGACAACGAUUGCAUAUGGUCUUACACGUUCUUCCAAAGCGGCCCGGCAGGUUCAGCGUUCCGUGUCACUCGUCUUGAUUAUGAAAUAACUUAUCACGAUUGAUUCACUCCUUUUCUACACAAAUGUCCAGUGCUGGCCACAAGAUCCCUACUUUCCUUUUUCAUCCUUAGUUCCACACUUCUCAGAGGUGUGGAAGUGUAGAAAAGUCUGUCAAAGUCAGGAUAAUGUCACACUUUUCCCCCUGUUAAGAACCUCUUGUCAUUCUUUACUUAGUUCUACACUUCUCAGAGGUGUGGAAGUGUGGAAAAGUCUGACAAAGUCGGGAUAAUGUCACACUUUUCCCCCUGUUAAGAACCCCUUGUCAUUCUUUACUUAGUUCUACACUUCUCAGAGGUGUGGAAGUGUGGAAAAGUCUGACAAAGUCAGGAUAAUGUCACACUUUCCCCCCUGUUGAGAACCCCUUGUCAUUCUUUACUUAGUUCUACACUUCUCAGAGGUGAGGAAGGGGAAUAGUCUGACAAAGUCAGGAUAAUGUCACACUUUUCCCCCUGUUAAGAACCCCUUGUCAUUCUUUACUUAGUUCUACACUUCUCAGAGGUGUGGAAGUGUGGAAAAGUCUGACAAAGUCGGGAUAAUGUCACACUUUUCCCCCUGUUAAGAACCCCUUGUCAUUCUUUACUUAGUUCUACACUUCUCGGAGGUGUGGAAGUGGGGAAUAGUCUGACAAAGUCAGGAUAAUGUCACACUUUUCCCCCUGUUAAGAACCCCUUGUCAUUCUUUACUUAGUUCUACACUUCUCAGAGGUGUGGAAGUGUGGAAAAGUCUGACAAAGUCGGGAUAAUGUCACACUUUUCCCCCUGUUAAGAACCCCUUGUCAUUCUUUACUUAGUUCUACACUUCUCAGAGGUGUGGAAGUGGGGAAUAGUCUGACGAUGUGGUGUGCAAUGUUGUUAAUUUUAUUUAGUACUAUAACGAUCUCAGUUUCAUUUAAUAGGUCGUCGGCCAGAACACUGAAACUUAUUUUAAUCUUAUCACUGACUGAGCUAUUUAAUCACGGUAAUUAAUCCUUUGGCGGCAUAUAAGUGCAUUCAAGCAUGAAGCGAUAUACAGACGUUUUGAUGUUGUCAUAUGACCUCUUUGUGUUUCACCUACAGAUUGACACAGAAGUUUGCGAGCAGACCUUCUCUUGGCUGUCAAAAUAUGCAAAAAUGACAAAGAAAAUGAACAGAGGACACUUCGUCUUUUUCAUAAUUUAUGUCCAGCAUUUACAUAACCUUAGAGAAGAGGAAAAACUGAGAAACAGUGGAUAUAUGGCGUGAUCUAACAAUGAUCAAAUUUGAACCCUUACUGAUAAGGAAGAAAGCAUGGUUGGUGAUCGGAUUUCUUAACUUUAAGUUUCUUUCAACAGCUGGCAUUGAAACAAUGGUUAUAUCUGCUAUUCAAAAUAAAAAUAGUUCUUAAGGAAGAAUGUGAAAAACCAUACAGAAAUAAAACCAAGUGCUCAUAAAGCUUACUGAGCUUCUCGUGACUCAGGGAAAGUGCAACAUUAAACUUAACUUGUCAGACUAAUCUACCCUUCCACACCUCCGAGAAGUGUGGAACUAAGUAAAGAAUGACAAGGGGUUCUCAACAGGGGGAAAAGUGAGACAAUAUCCUUACUUUGUCACACUAUUCCCCACUUCCCACACCUUUGCGAAGUGUGGAAACUAAGUAAAGAAUGACAAAGGGUUCAUGACUGGGGGAAAGUGAGACAAUAUCCUUACUUUGUUGGACUAUUCCACACUUCCACACCUCUGAGAAGUGUAGAACUAAGUAAAGAAUGACAAAGGGUUCAUGACUGGGGGAAAGUGCGACAAUAUCCUUACUUUGUCGGACUAUUCCACACUUCCAGACCUCUGAGAAGUGUAGAACUAAGUAAAGAAUGACAAAGGGUUCAUGACUGGGGGAAAGUGCGACAAUAUCCUUACUUUGUCGGACUACUCCACACUUCCAGACGUCCGGGAAGUGUAGAACUAAGUAAAGAAUGACAAAGGGUUCAUGAGUGGGGGAAAGUGCGACAAUAUCCUUACUUUGUCAGACUAUUCCACACUUCCAGACGUCCGGGAAGUGUAGAACUAAGUAAAGAAUGACAAAGGGUUCAUGACUGGGGGAAAGUGCGACAAUAUCCUUACUUUGUCGGACUAUUCCACACUUCCAGACGUCCGGGAAGUGUAGAACUAAGUAAAGAAUGACAAAGGGUUCAUGACUGGGGGAAAGUGCGACAAUAUCCUUACUUUGUCGGACUUUUCCACACUUCCACACCUCUGAGAAGUGUAGAACUAAGUAAAGAAUGACAAAGGGUUCAUGACUGGGGGAAAGUGCGACAAUAUCCUUACUUUGUCGGACUUUUCCACACUUCCACACCUCUGAGAAGUGUAGAACUAAGUAAAGAAUGACAAAGGGUUCAUGAGUGGGGGAAAGUGCGACAAUAUCCUUACUUUGUCGGACUUUUCCACACACUCCAGACGUCCGGGCUUUGUCGGACUAUUCCCCACUUCCACACCUCUGAGAAGUGUAGAACUAAGUAAAGAAUGACAAAGGGUUCAUGACUGGGGGAAAGUGCGACAAUAUCCUUACUCUGUCGGACUAUUCGACACUUCCACACCUCUGAGAAGUGUAGAACUAAGUAAGAAGUGAAGAAACUCUGGAUUUCAUGGCCAGCGCUGGACAUGGCUCCUUUUCUAAGAACUUCGGAAGUGGCUCAUCGGGACCUUUGAUGGGUUGGCUCGCCAACGCCCUGGUCCAUCUCGUCUACUGCUUACCAGGACAGUAGGCAACGAUUCUAUAUGGUUUUACACAAACUCUUCUUGUCUCUUUCGUUAUUUUCCAUGUUUUCAAGCAUCGUCCUUGAGGUGGUGUUAUCCCCGACAGCUUUGCAUAUUCGGUGCCCAACACCUCUUUUUCAACCGCGUCACUGUUAUCUUCACUAAAGUCUUGGCGCCUUUCCGUUGCUUUUCGUGGACCCUCCCGCUUGUCUGAUUGCAUUGCAGCUGGUAAGAAUCCUCGGCGUCCUCCUCCAUCAAGGAUACUGUUAAAAGUUUUCGCAAAUCAUCCAUCCAGAACAAAGGGCCUAGUUGUGGCACUAAGCGUGAUGCUGCGUACGACUUUCUGUGCCCACAAAAUCAGUGGCGAGUAAACUUUUCAAAGAUUAUUCGGACGCUUACAUUACAAAAUUACAAAAAAUCGACAGUGGAAUUUUUUUGAAAAGUUGUUGAUUUAUUAAGAAAGCUAAUAAGUAUUGAUGUGAUAUAAGGUUUUAGGAAACGCACUACAUCACCUGGGCAUGAGACACCCUUGAAGGUAUCCGCUAAUCUUAAAAUCAUUAAGGGGAGGCCUCAAGUUCCUUUCUUAUGCAUAGGCUGUUGCUUUUCUGAUUAUUAAAUCUUUGACUUUUUCGAUACGCAGGAAGAAACCCACGAGAACGACGGCAAGGUAAGUUGUAUGACCUAUAUGAGCAUCGCAUCUAGAAGUAUCGAUCUUACGUAAGAUGCUAGUCUACUCUAUGAGAUCUGUUGGGGUGCAAUCUGAUUUAUGAGGCAGCAGUCACGGCGGUCAUACUACGAUCUGUGUCACAAUAUGAGUCAAGAACUGUUUGAAAGUACCACACAUUCCCUAGUCAAGCAGCUUCAAUUAAAACAAGAAAUUUUUUUUUAUACCUUUAUAUUAUUACAAUCAAAACAGCAUAUCAUAAAAAUAUCACCUAAUUAAAUGCAGUCAAGCUCUGACUCCUGAUUCAUUUAGGAUGAUUAUGACUUUCUCUAAUGGGGAGCGGAAUUUUCUCAGUCACUCUCUCAUUUAUCAUAAGUCGCUAUUAUUACAGUGGAACCACGUGAAAUACGACCGUUUUGGCAAAAGGGAAAAGUGGUCGUGUUGACGGGGAGUUCAAGUACAGUUUAAUUCUAAUAUUUGUCACUCGUCACUCUCCUUGAGUUACAUAAGAUGCUCAAUAAAACGCUUUUAGAACUUUCUGUAUGUUAUUGCUGUUCAACUAGUCCCAUCACUGGGCGUUCAACUGGUGGACAUAUAAAGGAGGAUCUUUUCGGCAAGGUGGUCGUAAGGUGGGGGUUAACUUCAUAGCAGUGAUCUUGAUGAUGAUCUAUUUUUAUUUUUUGCAGUCUUUAAGAAGUGACAUCAAGGUGGGUUAUAUGAACAAUUUAAUCAUGGCUUGCUUUUGGAAAUAUUUUCACUUGAACCUUUUAAAUGGAUGUUUGAUACCAAGCAGUACUUUUACCUUUAAUCAUUUAAUUUAAGUUAAUUUAUGGACUGAGGGAGAAAGUGCAAACAAAAUCUUCUUAUCCAAGUAAACUACCGUGUGGCGGCAUGAAAUUUUUGCGGGUUCUAAUUUUUGCGAUCCGCAAAAAGAUAUUACCGCAAACAUGAAUUUUCUAGCCUGGUAAAAUAUACUUCAGAGCAAAUGUUCUCUAACUUAAUUUCGCUACACAAAAAUACAAUACUAGGAAAUCGUGUCUGUUCCAUUACAACUUGUCUCUUUCGAUUAGAAACAAAGCAGGAUACAAUGAAAUACUGGUUCAGUUUACCGUAGUAUGUUGCACGACGUACUCAAUAAAAACGAAAAUAUUGUCAAGGCUGGGUACUGGAUACUUAUAUUUGUGAAAAUCGCAAAAAUUAAUUCCCAGCAAGAAAAACCAAUCUGUUCUAAUCACAAAAAUUAGUUCCCGCAAAAACAAGAAAUCGCCAAACAGCAAAAAUAAACUCCCGCAAAAAUUUCGUGCCACACGGUAAUAAUAUGAUGGUAUGACCUUACGCAAUAAAUCUCCAAAUCGAAAUGGAAACAAAUCAAACUCAAGCUAUCCACUAAUAAAAUAAAUUCGCUUGCUUUGUCACCUUAGCGACUUUAUGGGUUAACACUUCCAUCUGUUAUAUUGCCUUCUAUUCUGCAUUUUUUAACAGUAAAACGUUUCUCCCAAGUAAGAAUUGGGCCAUUCGAUUCCUGGAAAUAUCAGUGCUGGAUACAUAUAAGCCCAUAGUAAAAUACAAGGACAAUCGCUUAAUUAACAGGGGCACCCAACGACUGUUAUCUGUAAAAUAUCUGUUCGGAGAAGUACAUGUUGAGGACAGCGAAAUAUUUCUAGAUGACCGUUACAUUCAUGUUCAAUUUUCGAAUGUUAUCAGUAAUAAAUUCCCUACUUUUUUCUGAAGUUUAAUUUUUCACAUUUUACUACCCAGCUUACACUAUUUUUCUUAGAAAAAGGAAACCUAAAAUUUUUGGAUUCUAAAAUGUUAUGGACAGAAAAAUCUGAAAAAUCCUCACUUUCGUAGAACGUUAAAUUGCACCUAAAAUUUUCGGCAAAAUAAUACUGAAGCCCUUGUAAUUUCGAAAACACUCAAGUUCCCCUAGGGUGACCGAACAGAUGCAAAUUUUAUAGCGCCGCUUAGAAUGCAUUUCUUGAUAUGAAAAGUACUCUGGACAGCCUAAAAAGUGUCUUUUUUUUCAACGUAUUUUGGAGGAAACAAUCGUUGGGUGCCCCUGAAUUAACAUCAGUUCUCAAUCACACAAUGAUCUGAAUAAAGAAAUAGCGUUAUUGGGAAUAGUUAGUAUGAUCUUUCAACUCAUUUUUAAAACCGACCCGAACAAUUAAGGCAAUCCUUUAGUUUGAAUUUUUUGUUGUGUUUUUCUAGCUCCCAAGUGGAAAAGACCUCACUAUUGUUCUUCUCGGAAAGACGGGAAAUGGCAAAAGCGCAACAGGAAACAGAAUCAUUGGAAAAAAUCACUUUGCGUCAUCCGCGAAAGGGUCAUCUGUUACCCAGCAUUGUAGCUUUGGACAUAGAUCACUUGAACGUAAUAUUUUCGUGAUAGACACCCCAGGCGUUUUAGAUACCUCUUCAGUUAAAAGCUUGAAAACUGUAAAUCUUACAAGCCAAUCGCGGUACGUGGAAAAACAAAUUUUGCUUGAACUGAAUAAAAUUUUUGCACUCGCUCCGAAAGGAUUUGACGCUAUCAUGCUAGUAGCAAGAUAUGGCACUCGAUUUACCAAGGAAGAUGGACAAGCAUUGAAGCUUCUGACCACAUUUUUGGGCAAAGAAUCUAAAGAGUACAUGAUUCUCAUUCUAACAUGGGGUGACCAGGCAAAGGUUCAUGCUGAAGAAGAGAGUAUAACCCCUGAAGAAUGUAUUUCCCAGUGGAUAGAGACAUUGCCAGAGUGGGUGCAAGAAUUUGUUAACGACAUAAAGCGUCGCGUUGUGCUUUUUGACAACAGGCUGAAGGAGGAGGAGAAUCCAGACGCAUUUAAACAGCAACUCUCUCAUCUCAUUAAGGUUGGUUUGAAGUAUUUGUGAUCAGUGGAAUAGUAUAUAACUGUUCACUUUCGGUUCACUGAUUCUUGGCUCGCAAAUCGUGCACGUUAAUAAGGGUGAAGACAGACUAGCUCUUUCUAAGACGAAACACAUUAGCUCUUUUCUAAAUGUUAACCCUAACCCUAACCACAUUUCAUUUAUUCCCCUACCCCCCAACACCACCAACCCCAUCACCACCACCUCCAUCAUCAACACUUCCAUCAUCAUCUACACUUCCAUAAUAACAACCUCCAUCAUCAAAACCUCCAUCACCAGAACCUCUAUCAUCACAACCUCCAUCAUCACAACCUCCAUCAUCACAACCUCCAUCAUCACAACCUCCAUCAUCACCACCUCCAUCAUCACCUCCUCCAUCACCACCACCUCCAUAAUCAAAACCUCUAUCGCCACCACCUCCAUCAUCACCACCGCCUCCAUCACCACCACCUCCAUCAUCACAACCUCCACCAUCACCACCUCCAUCAUCACAACCUUUAUCGCCACCACCUCCAUCUUCACAACCUCCAUCAUCACCACCUCCACCAUCACCACCUCCAUCACCACAACCUUCAUCGCCACCACCUCCAUCUUCACAACCUCCAUCAUCACCACCUCCAUCACCACAACCUCCAUCACCACCACCUCCAUAAUCAAAACCUCUAUCGCCACCACCUCCAUCAUCACAACCUCCAUAUUCCAAACCUCCAUCACCACCAACUCCAUCAUCACAACCUCCAUCACCACCACCUCCAUAAUCAAAACCUCCAUCACCACAACCUCCAUCACCACCACCUCCAUAAUCAAGCCUCCAUCACCACCAGCUCCAUCAUCACAACCUCCAUCAUCACAACCUCCAUCAUCACCACCUCCAUCAUCACAACCUCCAUCGCCACCGCCUCCAUCAUCACAACCUCCAUAAUCAAAACCUCCAUCGCCACCACCUCCAUCACCACCACCUCCAUAAUCAAAACCUCCAUCACCACAACCUCCAUCACCACCACCUCCCUCCAUAAUCAAAACCUCCAUCAUCACCACCUCCAUCGCCACCGCCUCCAUCAUCACAACCUCCAUCAUCACCACCUCCAUCACCACCACCUCCAUAAUCAAAACCUCCAUCGCCACCACCUCCAUCAUCACAACCUCCAUCACCACCACCUCCAUAAUCAAAACCUCCAUCACCACAACCUCCAUCACCACAACCUCCAUCACCACAACCUCCAUCACAACCACCUCCAUAAUCAAAACCUCUAUCACCACCAUCUCCAUCAUCACAACCUCCACUAGUGGCUUAGGAAAAUAAGAGCAGUUUUCCUUCUAAAUUUUCUAAAGCGACCAUGUCACAAAUAUUAGUUAGAAGCUAAAAGCCUAAUUUUGGUUAGAAAAAAUAAUUACUCUAGUGCAGACCUUUUCGUAGACAAUUAUUCUUGCAACCCUUUAUCACGAAUCCCACACUAUUAAGGACUUAUAUUUAUAACGGGAAUGACAGUACCUCACUAAGGCCCGGUUCAGACGCCGUACUUUUCAUGAGCCGAACCUAAUACAUUGAAUUAAGUACAUGAAAAGUUCGGCGUCUGAAUCAGUUAGGAACGCCUGUUUCAAUUUGGAACGGCUCAGCCGUUCUUUUCGCCUAGCCCGGCCGGGAAUUUCGCCUUUGGAUCGACUUUGGAACGCCUUUGAUUCAGACGCCGAACUUUUCAUGUACCGAACCAAAUGCAGAAAUUCUUAUAACGUAUUUUGUAAGCAGUUUGACCGAAAUGCGCAUUUUUCGCCUUCUGAAUUUAGUUCGGCUGGAAUUAAGAUCGGCGUCUGAAUCACUUUAGCCGGUCUAAAUAAUUUGGGUCGGUCUUAAUUCGAAUUAGGUUCGGCUCAUGAAAAGUUCGGCGUCUGAACCGGGCCUAAGGAAUCAACACGGCGGUUUGUCAAACCAAUAACUUAGUUAACCGUCUCCUAUGGUUUAAGAUCAUUUUAUCAAAGGUGAAGUCAACAGAACGAUUAUUGGCCGACCUUAGAGCUGUUCAAGAGAUUAAACCAAAAAUUCUGUUCGCCAAAAAUUCUGUUAAAGUUCAUGAGCAAUUCUGUUUAAUAUUUCUACAUUAAGCUGAAGAGCUUAAUUUAAGGUAAUUUGCUGAAUUAGAUUGUAAAGAUAACGUAUUUAAUUAUAUCAUUCCCUUCAGACCAUUGACAACAUGAGUCCGGGAAAGGGUCCGUUUAACAAUGACCUGACAAAGGCGUCUAAGGAAGUUUUUGAUGAGCACGUCAGGAACGCUUUGGACUCCAGUGGGUUUACUAUAGAGUUUGAUAAACUGCAGCAAGAGAAGGAAGAACUUGUAUCCCUGCUAAAGGACGGAACCCUCAGCGAGGAAGAAAAGAUUGAGUAUACAAACUUGCUGAAGGACGUCAACGAAAAAAUUGAUGCCAAACUUAAAGAGAGGGAAGCGAUAGAAGAUGAAAAGAGAAAAGAACAGGCGGAAGAAGAGAUCAAAGAAGCGUCGGGUGGAGCGGCAACACAGAACGUACAGGAAAAGGGCGGCUCGAUGUGCUGCAUUUUGUAACAACUAAGUAUUUGUACCAUUUCGAAGCAGUUCACGCAUUUUCUUUUCUUUAUUUACAUUCAACUACGCAAUUUGUAGGAAUUGAAGGGGCCAUAGUUAUUACAUAGCAAACUUUCUUUUUCUAAAACGGACACCCUUUUUGAUCUCUUAGAGAAAUUUCCGCUCCUAAAGAACGGUAGGGACAAUCUCUAGGUAUCGUUUUUAGAAAGUUAUUCAGUCGCCAUUGGUGCAAUCUUGCUAUUUUGCAACCUUGUUGCUGGAAUUAAGCCUCAGGAAUCCGGAAUCUCGCUACGACUGGAAUCCGGAAUCCAAGAUCCUCUGACAAAGAAUCCCGAAUCCCUCCAGGAGUCCGGGAUCCACCAAGUGGAAUCAAGACUCUCUCGGAUUGCCUUACAUGGGGCGACUUCGUAUUGUUGGCAUUUUUUAAAAACUUUAAAAAGUUGUUAACUUCCCAGUGAUCAGCAGUGCGGGCAUUAUUCAGAUGCUUUUACUUUGAUUUGCUGCCUCAGUGUUUGUCAUGAUUGGUUCAAGCUAAGAGGGCCAUGGGUGUUGUUUGCGACCUGUACAAAGGAUUCUCUUCAUUCCCUUGGUUAAGGCAGUGGAUCGCGGUGGUAAUUGCAGAAAAAAUGUAUUUUCUGUCUUGUGUAGACUGGCUCGUAAUGUUCUCACCUACUUGUAGUUUUCUAGUACGUGAACACAAUGAAUAUACGGGAACAAAAGAUUACAGUCACGGUAUUUAUAAUAUCCAGAGUCUACAAUAUUAGCACUGAUGUGUCAAAGAUCAAGGAGCACCUGUUUAUCUCCAGGAUCUAUAAGACCUUUAUAGAACUUGCCGUAGCCUUAGAUCAGGAAACAUGCAGCUUCUGAAGACACAAUCUUAUAAUUUAAAAUCGUACGGGUUCAGGGCAUUUUCUAUAUGUGCCCCUCAGCUUUGGAAUGCUCUUCCAUGGGAGCCAAGAGUGUGCGAUUCUAUAGGUAGUUUUAAGAAAGCCCUGAAGACGUUUAUUUUCAAAAGGGCUUAUCGUUGAGUAAAACUAAGACAAACCUUUUUACGAAUUUAUGUUAGAGAUUGGCCCCAAGAUUUUGAGAUUUUAUUUUAUUUUUUAAGGCAAUUUUCAAUUUUUCAUUAAUGUGACGCGCUUGUGCAUGGACUCUUAAGGAAUAAGCGCUAUAUAAAUAAAUUGUUAUUAUUAUUAUUAUUAAGGAGCAAUGAAAUAGUGAGUCAGACUUAACCCUGAAGGUAAAAACCCUUCACAGCUAAUUUCAUAGUGUGUUACAGGCAACAUUUUCUCUUUAAGUUUUUUUGGAACUGCUCCAAAAUAAAUUGCUCACCUUACUAAGUUAGUUUCCAUGCGAUUCAUGGUUAUGCAACUCAAGCUUCGUUAGAAAUUUCUUGGAAAGAAAUUGCAUUCGCAUCUAACAGUGAGCCGGUAUGUUUAGCCUAACUAUUUCACAGCUCACAAGUGCAGGUCACUGAUCUAUUCAGAAAUAACUGAGACAAAUUUUUCGCCCCCUAUAUAACUAAAUAACUAUUAUAACUAUAACUGUUUUUGAUUUUGGAUUAGGGAUAGGACUAGAUACUUUUAGUGUUGUUUAUUUACCGUAGCACUCAAACCUGCACUUGUGACCUGUGACCUGUGUUUUGUAUCUGCCGGACUUAAUGUCUUUAUGUACCAUCAAGCCAAACAAGUUUGAGAAUUUUGUAUCAAUUUUAAUAAACAAAUCUGUUUAGUUGUGCUAAAUAUGUAGAUUUGGCCAGGGCUAAAAGCGAAGC